AUGUCUCACAGAAAGGAUUAUUCCUCGCUACCCGCUAGCUCCUAUUUAGAAUUGCAGCGUCAAAAUGACUCCACAAAAUCCUCACGCCAGGUUUCUUUUGACGAAUCUGAGAUGUAUUUGGGAUCCAAGGUCGACGAAGACGAUGAAGAUUUGGAAAUGGACGUCGAUAAUUACCCCCUUGUUGUCGUGGGGUCCAAUCAAGGCUCUGGGAUACCUGGGGCUGUUUUCAAUUUAACAACCACUGUUAUUGGGGCAGGGAUCAUGGCUCUCCCUGCCACUAUGAAAGUUCUAGGACUGGUUUUGGGGAUUAUUUUGAUCAUUCUUAUGGGAAUUUUGUCUGAAAUUAGCGUGGAAUUGUUGGUGAGGUUUUCUGUUUUGUGUAAGGCAUCCUCGUAUGGGGAGGUUGUUCAGCACGCAAUGGGAAGACCUGUGAGGAUUUUGUCUGAAAUCUGUAUUAUAGUGAAUAAUGCUGGCGUUUUGGUGGUUUACUUGAUAAUCAUGGGGGAUGUUAUGUCUGGUUCCGGUCGCCAUAUAGGGGUUUUUGAUCAGUUAAUGGGGAAUGGGGUUUGGGAUCAAAGGAAGGUUGUGAUUUUAGUUGUCAUGGUGAUUUUCCUUGCUCCCCUUUGUUCACUUGACAAAAUUGAUUCAUUGAGUUUGACCUCGGCUGCCUCCGUGGCUCUUGCUGUCUUGUUUGUCAUUGUUACUUUUACAGUUGCUUUCAUUAAGCUCGUGGAAGGACGGAUUGAUUCUCGCAGGAUGGCUCCUGAUCUUAGCUCCAAAGCUGCAGUUUUGGAUUUUCUUGUUGCUAUACCUAUCAUGACCAAUGCAUAUGUUUGCCAUUUUAAUGUGCAGCCCAUAUAUAAUGAGCUUGAACAACGGUCCCCUCAGAAGAUGAACCGAGUUGGGAGAUACACCACAGUUUUGUGCAUCCUAGUUUAUGCUUCCACUGCCAUAUCGGGUUACCUGCUCUUCGGGAAAGACACAGAGGCUGAUGUGCUGACUAAUUUUGAUAAGGAUCUUGGAAUUCGGUAUAGCUGGGUCUUGAACUUUGUUGUCCGGGUUGGUUACAUUUUUCAUUUGAUACUUGUUUUCCCUGUUAUUCAUUUCUCACUGCGCCAAACAGUGGACACAUUAGUGUUUGAGGGAUCACCUCCCCUUUCAGAAAGUAAGAAGAGAUCUUUGGGGCUGACUGCCGUUCUGUUGGUCCUCAUAUAUAUUGCGUCUACUAUGAUUCCAAACAUAUGGACAGCUUUUAAGUUCACUGGUGCAACCACGGCUGUUUCAUUGGGUUUUAUAUUUCCUUCUCUUGUUUCAUUGAGAUUAAGUCAUCUGGGGGAUAUAAGCUAUGGGGAAUGGAUUUUAUCAUGGUUGAUGUUGGUAUUGGCUGUGACUGUUAGCAUAGUAGGAGUUGUUAGCAAUGUCUAUAGCCUUGAGAGUAAGUCUUAA